AUGUUUACAGGUGGUAACGCUGAUAUUAUCCAUGUCUGGGGAGGCGACGUAGAUGUUUACAUGCAGGCUUUACAUUUCGCCUUCAGUAUUGGCGCCCUAUUGUCUCCAUUAGCAACGGAACCAUUUCUGGCCGGCAAGACCACGGUUUGUGACGACCUCAGCAUGACAUUCUCUAAUAGCUCCGCUAAAGUUUCCACGGCAACUGAAGAAACAAAGUACGAAGGUGCGACUUCUGUUUCAUCUGAUUUGAAACACUUCACCUCUGCAAAUUCUACUCAACGUUUGAAAUGCACAGAACGCUUAGAGGAAACAAGCGUGCAUUAUGCAUUCUUAAUUUCCGCUGUUUUCAUGUUUACUGCAACUUUAAGCUUUAUAUACCUUUAUUUAAAGAUGAGAAAGGAGGAAAGGAAAAUGAUCCCAUCCCAUGAUGAAACUAAAACUGGCUGUAAAACUGACACAAGAAAGAAAAUGCCUUUUUAUCUAAAAGUUGUUUUCCUCAUCCUUAUAUCAUUACUAAUGGCUUCAUAUAAUGUUGCAGAAGACAGUUUCGCGGGGUUUCUUAUGACAUUUUCACUUGAUUAUUUAAAAUGGGAGAAAUCUACGGGAUCAUUUGCAACAGCCCUAUUUUGGUUUUCUUUUUGUGCUGGGCGUUUCUUUGGAAUCUUUAUUGUGUCAUGUUGCAACAACUCAACACUACUAACAUCAUAUUUGUUUUUGUUAAGUUUUGCCUAUUUGUUUGAAGUAACUCCUUUAUUAGAAGUAUUUCUUCCCUGA